ACAAGGCGAACCCCGUGCACAGCACAGCACAGCAAGCGAAAGCGAAGCACAGCCCUCCCCACGAACGAAAACGAAACGAAAGGACUUGCCUUUCCCGACACAGCUCUCCCUCUCCGCCCCUCCCCACCUCUCCAAUCCGACCCGAUCCAAAUCGCCAUGGAUUUCUUCAAGUCAAUCCUCGCCGAGCCCGAUCCGGACCCGGCCUCGCCGCCGCCGGAGACGGAGCCCGCCGGAUCCGCCUCCUCCCCGCCCGCCGCCCCCGCUGCCGGCGGCGGCGGGGGGUGGGGCUUCGGCGGGCUGCUCAAGACGCUCACCUCCCAGUCCGAGACCGUGCUCGAGGCCUACCGCCGCGACCUCGCCGAGUUCGGCACCGGCCUGCGCCGCGAGACCGAGGUGCUACGCGAGGCCGCCGCGCGCGCCGCGCGGGACAUCCCCUCAUCCGCACACGCGCUCGACGGCCUCGUUGACAUCGUCGCGCAGGGCAAGGACGCGCUCUCCCAGGUCGCCGCCGCGGCCGCCCCCGCCUCCGCGCACUCGGAUGGCGGCGACUCCGAGCCCAGCUCCGCCUCCGGCCACGUCCGGUACAACCGCUUCGAGGCGCAGCUGCGGGCGCUCCAGGCGGAUCCGGCCACCUUCACCGCCGAUCCCGAGGAUGCCGAGGACUUCUCAGCGUGGAGUAAGGGGUUUAGUGUGGAGGAGAGGAAGGGCGACAUCGAGGCCCUGUGCUACGAGAGCGACGCGCUGGAAGCGAUGGCGGACAGGCUCGUGCCGGACACCGUCGAGAGCGAGGUGUUCUGGGCGAGAUACUUCUACCGUGUCCAUAAGCUGAAGCAGCAGGAGGACGCGAGGGCAGAGCUCGUGAAGCGUGUAAUUGCGCAGGAGGAAGAUGAGGAUUUGAGCUGGGAGGUGGAUGAAGACGAUGAGGAAGAGCAGCAGAAAGAAGAUGCAAAGGAGCUAGCGGCAAGGCAAGAACCGAUCAAAGAAGAAAUCAAACAUGAAGUGGUCGAGAAGGGAAAUGAGAUAGUAGUGGAAGAACGCAAAGUCGAGGCAGCAGAAGAAGCGCCUGAGAAGAAUGCUGAUGAGCCACAACCAUUGGUUUUUGGUAGCUCUUUGGUGGUAGUGGAUGAGGAGGAGGAACAGAAGAAUUCUGAUGCGCCACAACCAGUGGUUUUCGGUAGCUCUUUGGUGGUAGUGGAUGAGGAGGAGAAGGAAGAGCCCUCCAAGUCGAAUGUUGAAGAAUCAGGUGACAAGAAAGAAGGAGCAAUGCAUGAGACAAGCGAUUCAAGCAAGGAUAGUGGUUACUCCAUAGUGUCUAGACAGCGAACAGCAACGGAGGAUGAGGAUCUUGAAUGGGAUGAUAUUGAGGAUCUUGGAGAGCAUGAAGAAAAGAAAGGCAGCACCCACGGCUCAAGCCCUUCUCUGAAGGAGGAGUUGCGGAAGAGGUUGAGUGUUGCUGAAGACGACGAGGAUUUGAGCUGGGAUAUUGAGGAUGAUGAUGAUAGUGCUUGAAUAUUCAUGCUGUUUUCAGACGAUGCUACCACAAAGUUCUGCAGUGGUUUGCCCCGUGUCUUGAAUAUUCUGAGAAGCGUUAUGCCCAAAAUGUGGAACCGUCGGGCACGACCGAAUGAAUGGAAGCAUCCACGUGUUUGAUUAAAUA